UAGUUCCAGCAAAUAUUGUUUGAUGAACUACAGAAACCAUUAGAAUACUUACAGGAUUUCAGGUUUAAUUAUAAAACAUGUCAAGACCAGGAACAGAUGAAACAGAAAUUGAGGAGGACAGGAGGAAUGUCCGUAGGACUCGACCUCGAAAGGUCAGGAGACGGGCUGUCCAGGACACAGAGGAGGAGAUAACAGAGGAGGAGAUUGCGAGACCGAGAGGCUAUAAUCCCCCUGAUUUUAACACGGACCACAUGAGAAUUUUUCUGGCUUACCUAGAAGAGACAGAUGUACAACCAAAGUUUCGACUUCUGAUGAAGCAGUUAUUUAGUAUGUCCAGACUGCCUUACAAUCCAUACCCAGGAUUUGUGAUGCGAUUUUCUGGGUUAGAAGAGAGAUUUCUUCUGAAUCUUGUUGAUGGAACAUUAAUUUAUUCUUUACUGAAUACACAGUUUGACCGUUCUCACCUGGAGGGAUUGGUCAGCAUAAAGGGUCAUCACAAUGUUUGGGGACUGACUGGUGUGAUUAGUGCUGUGUCCCCCACACAUCUACAGAAGUAUGCCUGGCUAGUCUCAGACCUCAGCAGGUUUCCGGGACACUCUAGAUCCAUGUCCUUGUCAUUGGUUGGACCAGCUGUCUUUGAGGGAACCUAUUACUCAGAGGUUCACACACCACAGUUUAGAUUGGAAGUGACAGUAUAUCAACCAGAGUUAUCCAAGGGUAUUCAGGAGUUUGCUGAUGGGAUCAUUAGCCACAUGAAGGACCUUGACAAGAGACAUUAUGUUAUGGAUGUACAUAUUCCACAUCAUGAGAAGAUGCACUUUGUGGAUAAAUGGAAUCUUGAAAAUAUAGAAAAAGAGAAGGAGGACUUUACUCAAGCAGUGAGUCGUGCUGUGUUGUAUCAUUUGUACCCUAUAGUAGACUGUGUGUUUCUCCUGGACGCGGCAGGAGAUCGGUACUCUGCUGGUCAGAUACAGUACGCUGUCAACUUCCGUCAUCCACCAGAGGGCGCCCCUUAUCAAGAGGAUGUCAAACUGCCAGAGGUGGGGACUCCACUGCUGUCUCUGUAUGAUGGAGUUUAUCUGGAGAAACACCAUGCAGAGUAUUACCACAGUCUUUUUAUUCAGGAGGAGACAGAGAAAUCUGCAUACAGGGGAGUGAAGGAUACUGAGGGGUUUAUACCUAAGGGACCAUUUACAAGAGAGAUCAUUAAAGGGGUCAGAGUUUACCUUGAGAAGAAGAUCUCAGGAUGUGCUUUAUAUGCUGAGUUUUCAGAGGCACUGUACUGGUCUAUACUUCUGUUCCAGAUGGACAGAGGUUCUUACCCUAGUGAGAUAGCAGAAGAGCUGUUCAAACUGUUAAGGUCAUCCUUUGGAAAAAUUGGUGUUCUUUGGGACCAGUGUAAAAGUCUGCUGUUACUAACUAAACUCCAAGACAGUGAGGGCAAAUUCACCAAGGAGAUUAGAAGACAGUUGGAGCAUUAUAGGAAGAUAACAACAGUGAUGUUUGACACCAGCCUGAUUGAAAGAAAUCAAAGCAUGGAGUGUUUUAUUGAAAUCCUGCAGGCUAAAAUUGACAGUUAUCUGUUGGAAGACUUACAUAGGGAUGAGCUCCAUGGAAGUCUGUGUUCACUGUAUUUCUACAUCCAGGGGAUGUCGAUUCAGGUUUCAGAACAUCUGAAGGAAUUGUGUCCCAUUCUGAGAACAAAGAUUUUGGAUGUUGCCAUGGAAAACCAUCCUGAUGCACAGCCCGUCCCAGUGUUUACAGGAAGACAGAGGCCUGAUGCUAAUGGAGGUGUGAAACAUGUUGCUGAUGUAGUCCAUGGUUUGGAAGAUGAGAAAAUGAAAGAUCUAGAACAUGAACGCAUGGUCAUAGAUGUGGAAGCAAAUGGUGGUGAUUAUAACCAAUUGAUUAGAGUUGAGGGGGUGCUAAUGCAAUAUACCAUUGACACACAUCUAGAUGAAACCUGGCACAGUUUUCUGACAGCCCUGAAAGAUAAAGAACCCCUCCCUCCAAACCCUUACCCCUCACUGAUCUCACUAUUCAGACAACAGGCUAUGAGAAUGGAUCUUGUAUAUCAGUCCAAGUCACAGAUAUUAAAGACAUUGUUUCAAAUAAAUCCAAUUUCUGAAGAGAAAAAAGAUGGACAAGAAAACAGGAUGUUAGAUAUUUACAUGAAUGGGGUGGAUGCCCACGGAUUGCUGACCUCUGUAUAUGUGUUAGACUCGGGAGGGUUUGCACCAACUUAUGAAGCAAUUCAACCAUUAAUUCAGGACAAAAAGGCAGAGAGAAGGAAGCAAUUUAUGGUACAUGUUGGCACAGCUAUGAGUGGUCCAAGUAUUUUGUAUGGCAAACCCCAGCCUUACUUAAAGAAAAUAGAUCUUCAUGACCAUUACUACUUAAAGGGACCUGCAGACCAGAGAGAGGAUGCCAUUCAAAUAUUUGCUAAUCUGGUGGAGUCGUACAUACUUGAGUUGAUAAAGAAGAAUGAGAUCCCGGUGCUGGGGGUUUACUUUCCCUCAGAACGCUGGUCCUGGGAGAACAUUCUAAACAGACAUGAGAAGGAUGGCUUUUCAGCAUUCUCCUCUACAGUUUAUCACUAUGUCCAAAGGAAAGAACCAAUUUAUAUGAAGGCUUUGGUGCUGAUGGAGUGGAGAUAUGUAACAGUCGAGAAGUACUUCUUACUGCAUUACCUCACAGACAAGUUUAUCAAACCAGAACUGUUUUAUCCUGAGAGUGGAGUGACCAUCUAUCAGAGUGUAUUCUUCUCAAAGGAAAAAGCCCAGUUUCACCGUGAUAAUGGACAGACAGUGUACCUAGACAGUGAUGAAGAACAGAACGUGAUAACGGGGGAAGACUGUGCGGAUCAGCUCAUUGUGAUGGGUGCCCAGCAGAAUGAAUGGUUAGAGGUCCAUAGAGGGAUCCUUCUCAAAAGCCUGCUACGAAUGAUGAGAGAUGAUGAUAAUGAGAAUCAGCUGGAAACGGAAUCGGAGGUGGAUCAGUUUGAAUAUUUGUCUCAGGAACAUAAGCACAUCGUGGAAGCAUGGUAUGUGUUGCACAGUAUGGGUGCCCAGAUGGAGUACAUGUUAGCUUUAACUAGCACCCUACAGGAUCUGACUCAAUUGUUUAUAGAGAUGAUUCAAUACAAAGAUAAAUAUGACAAAUAUAUGUCUUCAGUGACCAAGACAGAAAAACCACCCACUCCAGCCAAAGAGAGAAAGAAGAAGGAAAAAGAUAGAAAGAAGCAGGAAAAGUUAGUGAAAGAAAUGAGAGAAAAAGAGAGGACAGCAAAAAUAAAUCUGCUGGAGAAGGAAAAGAUGAAAGUGAAUGAAGAGGAAACAAAAGAGGAAAAAGCUGAGGAAAAAGAGGAAAUGUGGGAGGAGGAAUUUCAGAGGAAAGAAAAUUCUGAAAUGACAUUGCCUUCUAAAUUUGCUGGAUUUACAGUCAUAGAGGAUUUUAAGGUGACAGUUGAUGAAGCAGUCUUUGGUCGAAUGGUUAUGAUUUACUGGAGGAAACUAAUGCAGGUCCUGUCAGCCAAAAUCUUCAUGGUAACACCCAGUCUGAGGAACUACAUAGAACUACGCUUAUCUCCAUGUCUCGAGGACGAUCCUCAGUCUGGGAAUUUCUACCUAGCUUACAAAGAGCAGACAAUUGAGAGACUAGAAGAGAUCAAACACCUUCUACAUCCUAUCCAAGAUACAUUGGCAACUGAUGCACACCUGAUCUGUCCAGAGGCCCAGUCACUGCUCCAGGAACUCAGGUCUAAAUAUCCAAUCCCAGAACAGGAGUCUGAGGCUACAUAAUUAAGUCAGUGUUGUAAUCGAAAAGAAAUAGAACUGGACAGCCUAUGGAAGUCUUCUCCUUUACCAGAAUCUUAAUCUACUUGUUGUACAAAGUUUGUAUGUCCACCUUCCAUUUUAGUGUGGAUUAAUAGCCAAAGUAUAUGUAGUUACACUGGUGGAAGUUGUGUGUAUUUAUAACAGUAAAUAUACCAGCGUUUUAAAUACUUGCUAGUUUGGAUAUUAUAUUAUUUGUCUUGAGAUCCUUGGACUAGCUUUCUUAGUACAGAAGAUCUAGUCCUUUAAGCAAAUCUUAGGUAGCAAAAAUUUAUAUUGAAUUAAAUAUGUUGUGUACUUGUUAAGUAACAGCCUCAUGCAUCCUCCGGGGCACGGAGAUGUAUCAGAAGUAUACUUGUUAAGUAUUGAAUAAAUGGUAUUUCUUAACAA